AUGAGCUCGUACUUUGUGAACCCGCUGUACUCCAAGUACAAGGCGGCGGGCGAGGCCAUCAAUCCCACUUACUACGACUGUCACUUCGCGCCAGAGGUCGGCGGCCGCCACGCCGCCGCCGCCGCCUUGCAGCUCUAUGGCAACAGCGCCGCCGGCUUCCCGCACGCGCCCCCGCAGGCGCACGCGCACCCGCACCCGUCGCCGCCGCCUGCCGGGCCGGCUUGCGGUGGUGGGGGCGGCCCCGGUCCCGGCCAGGAGUACUUCCACCCCGGAGGGGGCAGCCCGGCCGCAGCCUACCAGGCCGCCCCCCCUCCGCCGCCGCCGCCUCCCCCCUGCGGCGGGAUUGCCUGUCACCGGGAGCCCGCGAAGUUUUACGGAUACGAUAACUUACAGAGACAGCCGAUUUUUACGACCCAGCAAGAGGCCGAGCUGGUACAAUAUCCUGACUGUAAAUCGUCCAGUGGUAAUAUUGGCGAGGACCCAGACCACUUAAAUCAGAGCUCGUCUCCUUCUCAAAUGUUUCCCUGGAUGAGACCACAAGCAGCUCCUGGUAGACGAAGAGGAAGACAAACCUACAGUCGAUUCCAAACCCUAGAGCUGGAAAAGGAAUUCCUUUUUAACCCUUAUCUGACCAGGAAGAGAAGAAUCGAGGUUUCCCACGCCUUGGCCCUCACCGAGAGACAGGUAAAAAUCUGGUUCCAGAACAGGAGAAUGAAAUGGAAAAAGGAGAACAACAAGGACAAAUUCCCGGUUUCCCGACAGGAGGUGAAGGAUGGGGAAACCAAAAAGGAAGCCCAAGAGCUGGAGGAAGACCGAGCCGAAGGCCCAACAAAUUAA